UGUGCCAAGCAAGAGAUAGCCGUCUCCCUGAAUGUAAUAUUCCUUAAACACGGCUUCAGAACAGCACACCAUGGACUCUGUACUAAGGAAAGGGUUCUACAGGCAGGAGAUUAAUAAAACCAAAUGGGAAGUCGCUGAGCGGUAUAAAGAUCUGAAAGCUAUAGGCUCUGGAGCGUAUGGAACAGUUUGCUCAGCUAAAGACAUUCGAACAGGUGAAACUGUGGCCAUAAAGAAAUUGCUCCGUCCAUUUCAGUCUCAGGUUCACGCCAAGAGAGCAUACAGAGAACUUCGUCUUCUUAAACACAUGAAUCAUGAGAAUGUCAUCUCCCUAAUCAAUGUAUUCACCCCUGAUGAAUCACUGGAGAACUUCCAGACCUUUUAUAUGGUUAUGCCAUUCAUCUGUCUGGACCUGGGACGGAUCAUCAAAAUGCAUAAACUAAGCCACAAAGCAAUAGUUUAUCUUCUCUACCAGAUUCUGCGAGGUUUGCAGUAUAUUCAUUCUGCUGGGAUUGUGCACAGGGACCUGAAACCAAGUAAUUUGGGAGUAAAUGAAAACUAUGAGGUCAAGAUUUUGGAUUUUGGACUGGCCCGACAGACUGAACCUGAGAUGACUGGCUACGUGGUGACCAGGUGGUACAGAGCACCAGAAGUUAUUUUAAACUGGAUGCAUUAUAACCAAACAGUGGAUAUUUGGUCUGUUGGUUGUAUUCUGGCAGAAAUGAUAACUGGCCGCGUCUUAUUCCCUGGUGGAGACUAUUUUGAUGAGCUGAACAAGAUAAUUGAGGUAACAGGCAGCCCAAAAGAAUCCCUCAUUAACCGCAUGGAAAGCACACAUGCUCAAAACUAUAUGAAAAUGCUUCCACAGAAGCAGGGAAAGAAUUUUAAAGAGCUUUUCCCAAGCAUGAGCGCACUAGAGACUGACCUUCUAGAGAAGAUGCUGGAAUUGGACCCUGAAUCAAGAAUUACUGCGUCAGCAUGCUUGGCACAUCCCUAUUUAGAAGAAUACCAAGAUUCAGAUCCAGACUCACCUGCAGAAAAAUACGAUGAUUCUUUUGAGAGCUUAGACCUACCAAUCCAUGAAUGGAAAAGUCUAAGCCACAUGGAAAUGAUGACGUUUGAGCCAAAGACUACACCCCAGACGGCUUUAUAACCAUAUCGGACUGAUUCA